UUGUCGACUUUACCACCUCCAAAAAAAAAACAUUUACUUUACCACCUCAUAAAAAAAUUAAACAUCAGUUUUACCACCUCAUCUGAGCUCAGGUAACGGAAAACGCUUGUGGGGCCCAGCAUAACGGCUAGUUUUUGAUUUUUUCCCAAAUUUCUCUCGAUUUCCCUUUUAUUAAAACCUAGUUCUUCAUUUGUACACCAAAUUCUUGCAGAUUGGAGAUUAAUUUUUGCGAUUUUCUUCACAAAUCAGUAUUUUUGGGCGACCUUAACAAUCCCAAACCCUCUAAUUAUCAAACAAUCAAUUGAACUCCUCGACAACAAGCAUCAAAAAGAAGGGAAUGUCUUCAGUUAGCAUGUCACCCUCAAAGGAGAAAAAAUGCCAAUGUGGAGUUCCAAUGUCUAGGCUGACUGCUUGGACUAGGGAGAACCCAGGACGCAAGUUUAGGACCUGCAAAUUCUAUGAUCCUGUGACUGAGUCAAGGGGGUGUAAAGCUUUUGAGUGGGUGGAUCAACCAGAUGGAACACCUUGGCAAGCAGAGGUGAUUAACAACUUGCUGCUGGACAAGAAACUAAUGAAGGGAGAGCUGAAUGACAUGAAGAGGGAAGUUGAUGAUGUUAGUGGACAAAGGAGGUGCUUGCUCAAUGAGAUUGACAGCUUGAAGAUGAAAUGCAAAGCUCUUAGCUCAGACAGGAAGAAGAUGAUCAAGGAAGCGCAUGGCAGCAAUGCAACAACAAAGAAAAUGCUCACAGUACAUGCUAUUGUUGUGUUUUGUUGUUUUGGUUUGGUACUGGCUAUUUAUUUUAGAUCUUAGGUUCAUUUAGGAAUG